UUCGUGACUGAUGAUGAAAUGACAGAUACCACGGAUACAAAAGUCGCACUAUCGAAUAUCGAACAUUAAAAAAACCUAUUUUCCGCGGUCAAACCCGUAUUAUUUCGUCGUUAAUCUGGUCUAAAAAAGCUCGAAAUCUUUUCUCCAUCAGCACCAUAUCGACAGCUUUCGAAAGUCAGUUCGACAAAUAAGUUCAGAGGAAAGGGCAAGUUUAAACAUAUCGCAAUGACAUCUGUUCCAGUUAGUGCAACAACCGAACAGGACGUGAUUACGCCCGCUGGCUCAUCUCAGGAUAGUGGCGGAGGCGGUGGUGGUGGUGGUGUUGGUACUGGGGCUGAUGAUCGCUACUGUUGGGUUUGUUUUGCCACGGAAGACGAUGACAAGCUGGCCCCGUGGGUUCAACCGUGCAAUUGCCGUGGUGCCACCAAAUGGGUGCAUCAAAGUUGUCUACAGCGAUGGGUAGACGAGAAACAGAAGGGAAAUACUUUCAAAAGGGUUAGUUGUCCGCAAUGUCAAAGUGAGUACAUUAUCGUACUACCAACGAUGGGAGCUUUGGCAAACGUUCUGGAAGGAAUUGACACUGUGAUCAAACAGAUAAGUCCAUUUCUGACGGCUGGUGUCAUCGUCGGAUCUAUAUAUUGGACGGCUGUUACGUACGGAGCAGUUACGGUUCUGCAGACCGUCGGAUAUGACGAGGGCAUAGCGCUGAUGGAAAGAGCGGAACCUGUUGUACUGCUCAUUGGACUUCCAGCGAUUCCUAUUGGGCUUGUUUUCGGCAGAAUGAUACGGUGGGAAGAAUUCGUUCUACGGUUUCUUCAAACUAAGUCAUUCAAAAUUCGCAAAUUUCCAAUGCUAAGUUUGCUACUGCCUAUUUCGAAUUUAGAUGACGAUCCGAUUUAUGGCAGUGGUGCCGAUUCUCCUACAGCACCAAACGCGCUCCCACCUGGAACGGUUAUAACUGCGGAUCCCCUCUCGGGAACUAGGUUACUAUGCGGUGCGCUCCUUCUACCAACCAUUUCUGCCAUUGUUGGUAACGUUUUCUUUGAUUCGAUUCGGAACAAUUUCCAACGGGCGUUGGUGGGAGGUUUCGCGUUCGUAGUGGUCAAGGGCGCACUGAAAAUCUACUACAAACAGAAACAGUAUAAUCGCAAAAAACAGCGCCGCAUUCUUGACUAUUCACCAGAAAAUAUACGAAAGUAUUGUGUGAUCAAGGAACAGAAACAACCACAGCAAAGUCAGAAUUUGGCUGAAUAUCAGGAUCAGGUAGUACAAGUAGAAGCACCCAGCGAAACUGUCUACCGAAAUGUUUUCUAGGCACUUGACUUUAGUUCAGUAGAAACUUUCGUUGCUGUAGAUAUUUUAUUCUCUAGUACUAUUUUCUGUUUUGAAUUUUUGUAUCUUGGUGUGCUGGAAGAAUUUUAUACGAACUAAACAUAAAUUUUGCGUAUUUGAAGAAAACUAAGUUCAGUACUUUCUAAAGCUAUUAUUCGAUACCAAGCAAACUGUUGAAUGUUACAUGUACACUAUAUCAUGAAUAUUUGUGAAAAUAAAUAUAUUUUCCUUAAUUUGCUUUCUAGCGACGAA